CCAAGUGAGGUUCUUAAUACCAGUACACAAAAUGUUUGGAUUGCAGGUUCCUCAUGUGGUGCGACUUAAAACCCUAAUAUGUAAAGCAGUUGGUGUGUUGUUUAGUGUUGCUGGAGGUUUAUUUGUCGGGAAAGAAGGACCAAUGAUCCACAGUGGUGCAAUUAUAGGUGCUGGAGUACCCCAGUUUCAAAGUAUUGCAUUUAGAAAAAUCAACUUUGAUUUUCCGUACUUCCGAACAGACAGAGAGAAAAGAGAUUUUGUGUCGGGAGGUGCAGCUGCUGGAGUAGCAGCGGCUUUUGGGGCUCCCAUAGGAGGGGUGUUAUUUAGCUUGGAGGAAGGAAGCUCAUUUUGGAACCAAGCACUCACAUGGAGAAGUUUUUUCUGUUCCAUGGCUUCCACAUUCACAUUGAACUUUUGUUUGACUGGUAUUUUUGGUUAUGGCUGGGGUUUAUUCAAUCAGCCUGGCUUGCUCAACUUUGGAGACUUCAGGUGUAAGGAAGGAACAGAGAAGUGUGAUCUGUGGAACCUACAGGAUGUUCUGAUCUUCAUUGCUAUGGGCUUUGUUGGUGGUCUUCUUGGAGCCUGGUUCAAUGCUUUGAACAAACAUCUCACAGUCCAUCGCAUCUUGCAUGUCUAUUCACGAGCUAAGCAUGUUAGGAUUCUUGAAGCUGUUCUGGUUGGUUUUCUCACCACUUCAGUAGCAUUCUUUGGUCCAAUAUACCUUGCACGCUGCAAGACACUUCCUCCUGGCAGCACUAAGGGGAAUGACACCAAGCCUUACUUUUGUCAAGAUGGACAGUUCAAUGACAUGGCCACAUUGUUCUUUACCUCUCAGGAGUCAGCAAUCAGGCAACUUUUCCAUCUUGAUGGUGCCUUUAGUCUGACAUCCCUGGGGAUCUUUUUCAUCUGUUUCUACUUCCUGGCCUGCUGGACAUAUGGUGCCAGUGUUCCUAGUGGUCUGUUUGUUCCUUGCUUGUUGUGUGGUGCAGCUUAUGGCCGCUUUAUUGGAGAACUUUGCAGGCUGUUGGGAUACCAGCACACAUAUCAUGGAACAUUUGCACUGAUAGGAGCAGCAUCAUUCUUGGGGGGAGUUGUGCGCAUGACAAUCAGCUUGACUGUCAUCCUAAUAGAAUCAACCAAUGAAAUCAGUUAUGGCCUGCCAAUCAUGAUAACACUCAUGGUUGCAAAGUGGUCUGGAGAUUUGUUUAAUGAAGGGCUUUAUGACAUUCACAUCAAAUUAAGGAGUGUUCCUCUUCUUGAAUGGACAGCACCUCAGGAAAUGUACAGGUUAAAAGCUUCUGACAUCAUGGAGUCAUGCCUGUCCUAUAUUUAUCCUCACACAAGAGUCCACUCAAUUGUUGGAAUUCUCAAAACAACAGCACACAAUGCAUUCCCAGUAGUGACUAUCGACAAAACCACUCAACAAGACACCUCUGGAAAUAACUUUGUGCACAAUGUCGAUUCAUCUAACGAGCAAUUUGCUCGUACAACUACAUUUUCCAGUUUAACAAGUGAACAGAAGCUGCGACGGACUGUAACAAGUGGAGUGGAGAAUAGUUUACUGCAUAGAUUAAGAUCUGGUUCAGAACACCAUCCAGAAAGUCACCGCAUGAAUAUAAAAAGAAAAAGACUGCUAAGUGAAGGUGAUCAGGAUUCUCUCUUAGUCUCAUCCUCAGCUCCAGUGGUCUCAAAUUUGGUUACUAAUUACUUGGAUAAUGAAGGACUAACAGCUGAUGACGAUGAUGAUGUCUAUCCCAGUGCAUCAGGUUCUAGUGUUGUCCCUGCUGUAAGACACACAGAUGAAGAGGAGUCUCAGGCUCUGACAUUCCAUGGGAUCAUCCUAAGGUCACAGCUAGUAACUCUGCUAAAGAGAGAAAUCUUCUACUCAGAGAAUUCCCAGAGAACUACUCGACCAGAGCUCAAUUUUGAAAGUAUGACAGAAGAGUACCCAAGAUUUCCUGACAUCCAUGAUUUAAACAUUGAAUUUGAAGACCAGCAAAAAAUUAUGGAUGUUACACCUUAUAUGAAUCCCUGCCCAUAUAUGGUGUUUCCUUGGACUCCUGUGCCACUAGUGUUCAACCUGUUUAGAACAAUGGGCCUGCGACAUUUGAUAGUGGUUAAUAGCAAGGGGCAGCUUGUGGGAAUGAUUACAAGAUACAAUUUAACACAUGAAUACAUGGAACACUGUCUAGAGAACCUUGCUAAUAACUAGACAACAAAAUGCACACAAUUUGUAGUAGUUUCAAAUAAAUUUAGCAUAAAAAUUUAAUAUCAAUACAUAGUUAUAGAGAGUUUAAAUUUAUUUUAAUUUACUCAGCUUUUAAUCCCAUAAUUUUAGUGAUUUGUUCCUGGCAGUCUGACCGUUAGACUAACAGGUAUUAAAAUAUUUAUCUUAGGAAAUCAAUAGUCAUGCAAUUUUCCUCUGGGAAAUUAUUUUUAAAA